ACUUCAGAUACCACUUUCGAUACGUCAGACCAACAAGUUGUGGAGAUGAUUGUGAGUAUACUAGAAAGUGGAGCUAGCUCGUCUCUCGGACGAGAUACUCACUGACAACCUGGAAAAGGCUCUGCUGGAAGAUCUAGAAGAUGAGGCAGGACUCAAGGUGGAUAUGAGCAAGGUAAUGGGAGAGGAUCCAGCUGACUAGUUGACACGGCGUGGACAACUUGCACAAGUGUGCCGCGGUGGUGGCACAAGUUAACAGCAGCGGUCGCAAGCUGUUCCUCUGAGUUCCAUUCCAUCUAUCGAUGGUAUGUAAGUUUGUUUUGUUUGUUAUGCCUCGUUCCGGUUUUAGCGUGUUUGUCGAUGCUGCGUGCUUCGUGUCCACAUUUGGAGCGAGCGGUGCUGCUUCGUUUCUGCCGGAACAACAGUGAUCACUUUGGCACCAUUUGUUUCAAAGCCUUUAUGAUCGUUGAGAAGGAAGUCCGGGGUAAGGAGAGCGAUCAAUAAUGGGAGAGGAGGUGCCUCACUUGAUGGUCGUUCCUUACUUGGCUCAAGGGCAUAUGAUCCCGGCUUUAGUCCUCGCGAGCAGGCUAGCGGGCCUUGAUUUCGAGGUAAGCUACGUUUGUCACGAGUUCAGGCUUGAGCAAGUGAAGAGAGAGGCCAAAGCACGAGCAUGCAACCCACACAUCAAGUUCCAGACGCUCAAAAAAAACUUCCCACCCAAAGAGCAGCAGGAAUCGAGCUCGGGGCACGACUCGAUGCAGGUCAUUCUCUGGUCCUUUAGAUUCCAUCCCGAAGAUGGAGUAGAACUGAAGGAGCUCAUCAGUGCUGCUAAUCCUCCGAUAAGCUGCAUCAUUACGGACAACUUGCUCGCUUCCUGGGCCCAAGACGUAGCGGACGAGCUCAACAUUCCCAGGAUUAUCUUCUACCCAUCACCGGGAAUGGCACUGGCCUUUCAUUUCUAUGUCAAGAGCAUGCUACACGAAAACAAGCUUCCUGUGCGAGCUCAAGAGCUGGUGCGAAUACCCGGGAUAGAUUCGGCUGGACUCUCGCCACUCUCGAGCGACCAAGUUAGCAGCCCAGUCAUAGAGACAAUCCCCGAUGUGAUGCGGUAUUUCUACGUGACAAAUGCUCUUCGAGCUCACGAGGCAGCUGGAGUGAUGUGCAACACGUUUGCUGCGAUCGAGGAGGAGGCAUGCAUCGCUGUGAGCGAGAAUGCGAUGAUAAAUCCCAACAAGGUUCCUUUCAUGGAUAUCGGGCCUUUGCUUCCAGACCCCUACUUCGCGGACGACGAUGCUUGUGAACACUGUGACAAAGUCGAGUGCUUGGCAUGGCUGGACGAGCAGCCCACCGCGUCCGUCGUGUACAUCUCGUUUGGAAGCUUCGCUCGCGCUAACCGGGAACAGAUCGAAGAGCUAGCGUUUGGAUUGGAAGCAAGCGAGAAGAGAUUUCUGUGGGUUCUGCACAAUGGUGCCGAGGAGUUUCUCCCGGAGGGAUUUUUGGAACGGGCGACGACGAACAAGACAGGAAUGGUGGUGACGAAAUGGGCACCACAGCUCUUGGUUCUGUCGCACAGGGCCGUGGGUGGUUUUAUGACCCACUGCGGAUGGAACUCGACGAUGGAGAGCUUAAGCCGGGGCGUUCCGAUUAUCACGAUGCCGUUUUACGGAGAGCAGCGAGGGAACGCACGGAUCAUUGUGGAGCACUUGGGGAUUGGAGUGGGACUAGCGAAAGAUGGUGAAGAUGGUUUAAUCCCGAGGAUUGCUUUCGAGCGAGCUUUUCGAGCGGUGAUUGACGAGGGCGAGCUUGUGAGGAGCAAGGCUGCCCAGGUGAAAGAGACCGCUCGCGCUGCUUUCAAAGAAUCGCCUCGGAAGAUCAAAGGCUUCAUCCACAAAGUCCUCCACGCUGGCACCUGCAUUUGCUCUGCGAGAAGGGUGGCGACCGUGCAUUGCUGUGAAACCAUAGAGGAUUUGAUAGAUGGAGAAGUUGAUAGCGAUGGAAGUGAUUGCGCGACCACAAGGUGGAAGACAGGAGUGAAAUCAUCAAGCGCAAAAUUGUUAAUUCUAUCCCUACAAGUACCAUGGGACUUGCUCUUCUCCGUCUCCACCACCCCAAGUCUCGCAGCGGCAUUUGCGUGGUCGCGACUGGUGUGGCACUACACCACCUCGCAAUCCCUGGCAGAGGGCAAGCCUCUCUACCGAACGGGCAUGGAUCGCGAGCUGGUGCUUGGGAAUCUCCUGGUGGACAUGUAUUGGAAGUGUAGCUGCAUCGACUGCAGUUCUUCCGGAGAAUGCACCGCGAUGGAGUGUGCCCAAACGAAUCUACGCUCAGCAUCGUUAUACACGCUUGCUCUAGCGCUGGCAGUAUUUCUGAGGAAGGAUGAUCCACGGAGCCACGUACUGGAAAUACAGCAAAUGCCCAAAACGGGCAUUACAGGAAGGCUAUUGAUGUUGUCAACUCCACGACCCGUGUCGAGACCCUGCUGCCCCGCCAGAACUUUCUCAUAA